ACGAACAGAACAGAAACGAAUACCAUACCACGAACAGAAGAAAUACGAGCCAGAACUGAGAACGAACCGUACAGAAACGAAAGAAACCGAAGAGCAGGAGCGAAGCCAAGACGAGGACUUUGCCAGGAGUCGAGAGUCGAGCGAAAGAGACGAAACUUGCAAGAGAGUGAGGAUCGGAUCGGAACAGAUCGGAUUGGAUCAGAGGAGGAUCAAAUGUCGCGAGUGUUCGAUAAAACCAAGAAAGUGUUUCAAAAGCAGUGACAUUCAAUCGAUUGAUCGAUUCGAAACCUGAUUUUUUUUUUUAGUCAACCGAUAGAUAGAGUGUGUCUGUGGUGUCUGUAGCUCUGUAUCUGUGUCUGUGCCCCAUGGGCCAGGGGCCAGGUUCUUGGCGGCACAAACUGUCCAACCAGCAAAUCUGAUCCGAAAGAGACAGAGUCAGAAACAGAGACAGAGGAGGAAAGAAAGGGAAAGAGACAGCUUUGAAUUGAUUCAAUUUCAAUUUCAAUUACGAUUUCCAUCGAGUGUCAAUUACAACCACACCAUAACAAAAAAAAAAAAAAAUACACAGAGAGAAACGGAGAGAGCGACAACGGGGAAUCAUGCAUUCAAUAAUAUUCAUGUGGCUGCUCCUCCUGCCCUUGGUCGCACGGGGCACGCGCCUCCCCCUCGAGGUGUACGAACUGACGCCGACCACGGCCACGGGGGCAGCGGCGCACAAGAGCCUGGAGUACACCAUUUACGAUGCCAAAGAUGUUGCAACAAAAGCAAUACUCUCCACCAGCAGCAGCAGCAGCAGCAGCAGCAGCAGUAGCAGCACGCCCAAGCCUGCCACAGAGCCACUAACUGUAGUGAGCAUCUCAGCAGCACCGCCAGACCUUCAGCAGAAGGAAAAACAGCAGCAAAAGCAGCAACAGCAACAACAGCAGCAGGACUUGGCCGAGUCCCGACGGAAGGCACGUCAAAUGUUGCAGAAACAGCAGCAGCAACAUCGUUUGGCCAACAGCAAACACGGCCACAAGGAGAAGGACCUGCGCAUACUCUACCAAGUGGGGGACUCUGAGGAUGAUCUGCCCGUUUGUGCACCGAAUGCCGUCUGCUCCAAGAUCGAUCUGUACGAGACCCCGUGGAUCGAGCGCCAGUGCCGCUGCCCGGAGUCGAAUCGCCUGCCCAACAAUGUAAUCCUGCACAGCCAUCACAGCCACCAGGUGGGUGGCUCCGGCUCCGGCUCCGGCUCCGGUGGCUCCGCCAUGGAUGGCGGCUCCAAGUACAGGAGCUACUACGACAUGGAGAUGCUCCAGCUGAAGCGAAUGCUCAUGGGCAAGUUCCAGGACAAGAAGUUCGAGAGCAUGCACAUGAAGAAGCUCAUGCAGAAGCUGGGGGCCGUCUACGAGAAUGAUCUGGAUCUGGAUCACAUCGAUCAGUCGCCGGACUACAACGAUGCCCUGCCCUCGUCCCCCUACGCAGAAGUGGAGGACAACGAGUACCCCCCACGAGUAUCCGCUCACAUGCGGCACUCGGGGCAUCGGGGCUUGAAGGAGGCGGCCCCCACCAGCUACAUUGGCGGCUGUCCCAGCAGCCUGGGCGUCGAGGAUGGCCACACCAUAGCGGACAAGACGCGCCACUACAAGAUGUGCCAGCCAGUCCACAAAUUGCCCGUGUGCAAACACUUUCGGGACUACACUUGGACACUGACCACGGCAGCGGAGGCGAAUGUCACCGAGCAGGUGGUCCACUGUCGGUGUCCCAGGAACUCGGUGACGUACCUCACGAAGAGGGAACCCAUAGGCGAUGGCAGUCCCGGCUAUCGCUAUCUCUUUGCCUGCUCUCCUCUGACGCGCCUUCGAUGCCAGAGGAAGCAGCCCUGCAAGCUCUUCACGGUGCGGAAGCGGCAGGAGUUCCUCGACGAAGUGAACAUCAACUCGCUCUGCCAGUGCCCCAAGGGACACCGCUGCCCCAGCCACCAUACGCAGUCGGGGGUCAUAGCCGGAGAGAGUUUCCUGGAGGACAACAUACAGACAUAUUCGGGGUAUUGCAUGGCCAACGAUUGAGGAGCCCAGCCCAGGAAUUCCCUGCCCCAAGGAUCGAUGGAAUCAUUCCACACCCACAGCCACACACACACACACCCCAACACACAGACACACACACACAAAACCAUUGUAAAGGAAGAAGCCAGGAGUAGCAGCUACUAUAUAUAGAUACCAUACCGACUGAGCCAAUUGAGUCUCGCCAAAAUACCAACUAAAAUGAAAGAAAAUGAAAGAAAAACUUAAAACUAAAAAUUCAAUUACAAAAGAUAUUCGCGAAUGUGUAAAGUUCUUUGUGGAAGGACGAAAGGAAGGACGGAAACGAAAGGAAGGAAGCGUAGCGUGUGUUUUUUUUUUUCGUAUGAUAUAAAUAUUUAAUUAGUUUUAAGAGUCGAAAAGUUUGUUAUACAAAUAAUUUGUAAUGAAUAUUUAUGGACGGAAAAAGGAAGAAAGAACCAGAAGAGGGUCGGGCGGGUCGGUUCGGGUCGGGUCGCACCGCACCCUCCUCGUAUGUAUAUGUAAAAUAGCAACAAACUAUACUCGUAAUUAUCCCGCAUCGCAUCGUAUCGCAUCGCAUAAAUUGUAUAUACUUUAUAUAUAUAUGAAAAUGUAUAACUAAAGCACAGUUUCCGAUAUAAUUUAAAUUUCAAAGAGCAACAGAGCAAAGGAGCAGAAAGAGCAAGGGAGACCGGAAAUGUGGAUGUGGGUGUGUGCCAAAAGAGUAGGGGUUUGUAUCUUAGGGAUACAUGUCCAUUCCAUUGCAUAAUUCAUAGACAGUUUGAAACUGUGGCAACUCUGGCAGCUGAGAGUUCAAUUUUUGUGUGCGAAAAUAUGAAAUUAAUUUAGAAAUUGCACAAAGGCUUCUACUAUGCUAUCAUCCCUUCUUUAAAGAAAAACCAUGUAAUCAAUUUUUUUUUUAUAUAUGUAUAUCUGUAUGCACAUCGUAUAUUGACGCCUCUCCUCGUCCCCUCUGAUCCACACUUUUUCUAUAUAAUUUGUAAAGAUUUAUUUGUAUCAAGAAAAACAAAAAAAAAACGAGCAACGAAAAAUGUGCGAGAUUUGUGUUUGAAAUGUUGUAAA